AUGUCCGAGGAAUCACGAAAAGCUGUAAUAAAGAAUGCAGACAUGCCGGAGGACAUGCAAAAAGAGGCUGUGCAGUGCUGUGCUGAUGCAAUGGACAAGUAUAACAUUGAGAAAGAUAUUGCUGCCUAUCUGAAGAAGGAAUUUGACAAGCGCUAUAAUCCAACAUGGCAUUGUAUAGUUGGCCGUAAUUUUGGGAGUUAUGUAACACAUGAAACAAAGCACUUCAUUUAUUUCUACUUGGGCCAAGUUGCCGUCUUGCUUUUCAAAUCUGGAUAG